GCAAGCGGUUUACCGUGGAGCUAAUGGGACUUUACAACUGUUUUUUGCAACUAAAAACAUUCUUCAAUAUUGUGUGUUUGGUGAAGACUUUCAACAACAGCCUGAAGCAUAUGCCUUUCUCUGGUUUUUGUGUUGAGAACACACACAGCAUGAACUCCAUCAGCUAAUCGUGCAACACUUCUAUGUCAUGCCCUACCUUGCGGUCACUACUAAUCUACAGUUCGUCAGUUUUUGGUUAGGUACAGUGGGAUGGAUCUUGGUAGCAGUAGCAACCGGACUUAUAGAGUGGAGAAUAUGGUACGUGGCGGACCGAACCAUCAUAACCUCUGGGGUGGCCUCGGUUGGCAUUUGGCGGAUUUGUUUCUUCAGUGACCGGCUGGUGUCUCCUGAGUUGCGAGUGAUGUACUGUCAGUAUAUCAGCGUGUGGGACUCCUUUACCCCAGUGGAGAUAUGUGUCUCUCAGGUUCUCAUGGUUCUGGGCAUAUUCGCCGGAGCAGUCGGAAAAGCUGUUUCUGUUUACACUUUUAGAAACAUCUUCUUCGGAAUGAAUGAGGCCAGAUCCCUAAGGAUUACUUUUUCAUUUGGCGGGGCUCUGUAUAUUCUCUCUAGUGUGUGUGUUGUAAUUUCUGUUGGCUGGAAUAUAAACUCUGUGCUGAGAAACCACACAAUAGACUUCCCAGCCAACUUUUACAUGCCCUCUUCUCCCUCGACCCAAGAGGUUGGCUCUGCUAUUUAUGUUGGAAUCUCAGCUGCUAUUCUGCUGCUGUUCAGUGGGAUUGUGUUUCUCUGCUACACGUUUCCAGAAAGACAUGGUCCCAAAAUCCAUCCAGGGAAUAGCUUAGAGUCCAUCAGUUUGAGUUCAUUUAACACUUCCAACUCCAGAUGUACUUUGUCUGCAGUUAGUCAUGAUGAUCAAAGCUCUCAUGAACAUACAAUGGACAAUCCAGCUUUUCAGUCCGAUGAGAAUAUUGCCAUUUUUUAGGGCAGAAUGAGGUCCGUGUACUGCAUUUCACUAGGCAUGCACUGCACUAGUAAUGCAACUAGCAUACUAUAACAUACUUAAAAAAUAUACAUCAAUAAUAAAUGCUAAAUAGACAAAAAAAAAAUGCUGGUGUUGGGCCCUUGAGUUAAUGAUAUAUGUGACGCUAUAUCUAAAUGCCAAAAGCGAGAGCCCUGAUUUAAUAAACGCUUCUCAGUAUACAUUUUUUCCUAAUCUGUGUUUUUCAGUUGCCAUCUGUCCCUUCUAGUUUUGUCAAUAAAAAAUGGUGUAGCACCACCUUAAGCAAAUCAAAGCAGUUUAU